UUGCGCGAAGCUGACAGGACUCCAUCACAGACAGGGUGGGCUACUCCUCCAGGGGGUCUUGUCUGGUGCACGUGAACUCAGCCGAAGUUUAGAUGAUGGGGCCACUCUGAGCGCACGGAUGAGCGCGCGAUGAGCGGAGGACUGAUUUGCGCAGCUCUGUGGACAACUUCUUCAUACCAUGGCAAGCCUGGAUUACCUGCACAACAAACGAACAUAGACCUAUUGGUUCAUUCGUUGCGCCUCGUCACACUUUUAGCAAUGUCGGCUUUUAUCAAAAGAUAAACACACCACGUGAAUUUUAGGGUCAGACGUCUGCUAAGCCUAUUUGAAGUUGGCACCACGUUGAAACUGAGUGAAAUUCCGGUGAAAUGCAGAAGAGCGUGCGAUACAAUGAGGGGCACGCUCUGUAUCUAUCCGUGAUUGCCCGAAAAGAGGGCGCCAAGCGGGGUUUCCUGAACAAGAAGACCACAGAGAAUGGUCGCUGGGCCGAGAAGUACUUCGCCCUGUAUCAAAAUGUGCUCUUCUACUUUGAGAACGACCAGAGCGCCAGACCGUCAGGCAUCUACCUGCUGGAGGGAUGCGCCUGUGAGCGUGCACCAGCCCCUAAAGCAUCCGUCAUUGGCAGAGACCCACCUGAGAGACAGCAGCACUACUUCCUGAUUAUUUUUGGCCAUGACGGACAGAAGCCUUUGGAACUUCGGUCUGAGGAGGAAUCCGACUGUAAUGAGUGGGUGGAGUGCAUCCAGCAGGCGAGUUACUCGGACAUCAUCAUUGAGCGCGAGAUCCUGAUGCAGAAGUACAUCCACCUGGUGCAGAUUAUGGAGACUGAGAAAAUUGCAGCCAAUCAGCUGCGCACUCAGCUGGAGGACCAGGACACUGAGAUAGAGAGGCUCAAAGCUGAGAUUGUAGUGCUGAACAAAACCAAGGAAAAGAUGUUGCCUUACCAGAAUAAUCAAGAGGAGGAAGACCCUGAUAUUAAAAAGAUCAAAAAGGUCCAAAGUUUCCUGCGCGGCUGGCUUUGCAGAAGAAAGUGGAAGAUAAUUGUCCAGGACUACAUCUGCUCCCCUCACGCAGAAAGCAUGAGGAAGAGGAACCAAAUUGUCUUCAACAUGGUGGAGGCAGAGACGGAGUAUGUCCACCAGCUGUCCAUCCUGGUCAACUGUUUCCUCAGGCCGCUGAGAAUGGCCGCCAGCUCCAAGAAACCUCCAACCAGUCACGAUGAUGUCAGCAGCAUCUUCCUCAACAGUGAGACCAUUAUGUUUCUGCACGAAAUCUUUCACCAAGGUCUAAAGGCUCGGAUCGCCAACUGGCCAACUCUUGUUUUGGCGGACCUGUUUGAUAUUCUGCUACCCAUGCUGAACAUAUACCAGGAGUUUGUGCGUAAUCACCAGUACAGCCUUCAAGUUCUAGCAAACUGCAAACAGAACAGGGAUUUUGACAAACUUCUCAAACAGUAUGAGUCCAAUGCAGCCUGUGAGGGCAGAAUGCUGGAGACCUUCCUUACAUAUCCCAUGUUUCAGAUUCCUCGAUACAUUAUUACUCUCCAUGAGCUGCUAGCACACACACCUCAUGAACAUGUGGAGCGCAAGAGCCUGGAGUUUGCCAAAUCUAAACUGGAGGAGCUGUCUAAAAUGAUGCAUGAUGAAGUCAGUGAUACUGAGAACAUCAGGAAGAACCUGGCCAUAGAGCGAAUGAUUGUAGAGGGCUGUGACAUCCUGUUAGACACAAGCCAGACCUUUGUCAGACAAGGCUCAUUAAUCCAGUUACCAUCCAGCAGUGAACGAGGCAUGCUCAGUAAAGUCCGUCUGGGUUCUCUGUCACUCCGUAAAGAAGGAGAGAGACAGUGUUUUUUAUUUACCAAGCACUUGCUCAUCUGCACUCGCACGUCUGGAGGUAAACUUCACCUGCUCAAGCAAGGAGGCACACUGUCCCUGAUUGAGUGUACUCUUAUUGAGGAACUUGAUGCCAGUGAUGAGGACUACAACGCAGCAGGUCAGGGGUUUAAUCAUUUACAGUUUAAGAUUGUAGUGGAGCCUCCUGAUGGACAGGCUUUCUCUGUGGUCCUGUUAUCUCCUUCUCGUCAGGAAAAGGCUGCCUGGACCAGUGACAUCAGCCAGUGCAUUGAUAAUAUCCGAUGUAAUGGUUUGAUGACCAGUGUGUUUGAAGACAACUCUAUAGUUUCUGUACCACACAUGAUCAAAUCUGAUGCCCGACUGCAUAAAGACGAUGUGGACAUAUGCUUCAGUAAGACCCUUAACUCAUGCAAAGUCCCUCAAAUCCGCUAUGCCAGUGUGGAGCGUCUACUGGAGCGCCUCACUGAUCUUCGCUUCCUGUCCAUCGACUUUCUCAACACAUUCCUGCACACGUACAGGAUCUUUACUACUGCUGCUGUGGUCAUAGACAAACUGGCUGAUAUCUAUAAGAAACCAUUCACCUCAAUACCGGUGAGGAUUGAGCAACUUUCCUGUGAUCGUCUUUCUGUUAUGUCAGUUUGUCCUGACUAUAGUCUGAAGAUCACUCAGCUUGCCCUGGAUCAGUCUAAGUCACUGGAGUUGUUCUUUGCCACCAACCAGGGAGCAUGGGGAACUGAUCCCUUGAACAAUAAAUCUCCAAGACUGUGCCGCAAAUUCUCGUCCCCUCCUCCUUUGUCCAUUCCCUCCCGGGCUUCCUCUCCUGUGCACAGCAGAAAGCUCUCCCUCAGCUCCCCAGUUGGCCCCAAGGCAGCAGCCCUGGAUCUGACCACUACUCCUUCCUCAUCAGCAGCAAACUCACCCACAUCCAGUCACUGUCCAGGCAUCUCCUCCCCCCCUCCUAUGAUGACCAGAACCCCCUCUGGCUUCUCUUCUCCUCCACCCACUGCCAAACGCUCUCCCAGCCUACCUCAAGCCUCAGGGAUGUCCUCUCCACCCCCCUUCUGCACAAAGGCCCCUCUGGACCUAAGCCGUGGUCCCAGCUCCCCAGAGCUAAGCCCAUCUGCUGGGGAGGACGUCAGUGGAGAGCUGCCUCGCAUCGAUGCUUUCUGUGGGAAGCUGAGGCGCAGCAUCCGCAGAGCUGUGCUCGAGUCAGUGUCACUUGACAAGUUCAUUCCUGAGACUUUGGUGAGCAGUGAGUCUGGUGAUGUAUCGCCCUGUCGCUCCCCUUCUACACCCAGACACCUGCGCUACAGACAGGGAGGAGUGACUUCAGGAGACAAUUCUCGCACAAUGUCACCAGCUUCAGCAUUUGCCAUCGCCACUGCAGCUGCCAGUCACAGCAGCUCCCAGGGCUUUAGCAGCUCAGAAAAAAACUGUGAUAAAGAAUUCAUUAUUCGCAGAGCUGCCACCAACCGAGUCUUAAAUGUUUUGCGGCACUGGGUGUCAAAGCACUCCCAGGACUUUGAAAUGAACUGUGAACUGAAGUUGGGGGUCAUUUGUCUUCUGGAAGAAGUGCUUAAAGAUCCAGACCUUCUGCCUCAGGAGCGAAAAGCCACAACAAAUAUUUUGAGUGCUCUUUCCCAAGAAGAUCAAGAUGAUGGCCAGCUUAAGAUUGAAGACAUAUUACAAUUGAAAAGCUGUCCCCUACUUCACUUCAUUGCGGUAAGAGAGGCAGAGAGUCCCAGGACUGAAUGUUUUGAAUCGCUCUCUGCCAUGGAACUGGCAGAACAAAUUACACUGCUGGACCACAUAGUAUUCAGAAGUAUUCCUUAUGAGGAGUUCCUGGGCCAGGGCUGGAUGAAGGCUGACAAGACAGAGCGCACCCCCUACAUCAUGAAGACUAGUCAGCACUUCAAUGAGAUGAGUAACCUGGUGGCCUCUCAGAUAAUGGCCAAUACAGAUGUGGGUUCCAGAGCCGGCUCCAUAGAGAAGUGGUUAGCUGUGGCUGACAUCUGUCGCUGCCUCAAUAACUACAAUGGUGUGCUCGAGAUCACGUCUGCCCUUAACCGUAGCGCCAUCUACAGACUGAAAAAGACAUGGGCCAAAGUCUGCAAACAGACAAAGGCACUUAUGGACAGACUACAAAAGACAGUAUCAUCUGAAGGAAGGUUUAAAAAUCUCAGAGAAACACUGAAAAACUGUAAUCCUCCAUGCGUCCCAUAUUUGGGCAUGUACCUCACAGACCUGGCAUUUAUUGAGGAAGGAACACCUAAUUUCACAGAGGAGGGUUUGGUGAACUUUUCCAAAAUGAGGAUGAUAUCUCAUAUUAUCCGAGAGAUUCGUCAGUUUCAGCAAGCCCCCUACAGGAUAGAGCACCAACCAAAGGUGACACAAUUCCUUUUGGAUAAAUCACUGGUAAUGGAUGAAGACACACUCUAUGAGCUCUCACUGAGCAUUGAACCUCGAGUCCCUCCAAGCUGAGAAUCUGAAUGCACAGCAAACUUACAUUUUGUAAAAGAGGAAACUAAGGCAAGUGUCACGUAUCUGCACUGUCUUUAAGGAUCUCAGGUGAAAAUGUGCCUUUUUGAAUUAAUGAGUAUUUGUUUGUAAUACA